GAUCUCCUCAAAAUCCUUGCGCAGUGUGACGCUUUCGUGGAUCUUUUUCGCUGAUGUGGCAUAUAGCGCCCCCAUCAGGUCCACCAGUUGUGACCAGUCGCCAACACAGUGUCCCGGUGGAGCGUGUCUCUCAAUCUCCAGUCAACAGCAAAUUAGUUGCCCAUUACCCAGAUCCACGCAGUAGGGGAACAAUGGCACCAGUCAGCUCUCACCCAAAUUCGGGGGAGCUCAAACACCAUGAAAAAGAGUUGGAGGAGGCUAGGCUACGAACGGUUCAACUGGAAAAGACCAUGCGCUGGUGGUCAGACUGUACAGCUAGCUGGCGUGAGAAGUGGGCGCUGGUUCGCGAUGAGCGAAAUCACUUGCGGGACGAACUACGUCGGACACGAAAAGCCCUCGAGUUGGCCAGUCGAACUAUCAAGCAAUUGGAACACCAGCAAUCUCACCAGUCUCCAUCUAACAUUGCUUCGACACCGGAACCUGCCGCCUCAAAGACACCUGGCUCUUCCUCUGUUGAGCGCUGUCUUUCGGAGUCGUCCCCCUUGGAAUCCGACACUGGCUCGUUAGACACCGAAUUUAGGUCAGAAUUCAUUGGGAUGGGCCCAGCGGUGAAUGAUGACCCUGCUCAAACCCAAUUUUCCCGAGCACAAUGCGCCUACUUGGUUCACUGGUGGAAAGAACAGGCUGAAUUUCUCUCCCAGGAGCUUCACCGGAUGCUAAUUCUAAACACCGAACAAUGGUCCCAAUGUCAGCGUUUGUCUCACGAAAAUCGCCGGCUGAAAUUGGGACAAUCGCGCGUAGAAGCACCUUCCAAAGAGUUCAGUUAUGGAAUCGCGGUUAAUACCCGUAUCUAUCCACCCCAGUCAAGGUCCAGUACGGAAGAAGUUGUUAUUCGUCGACGCAGUGCAGGAGAUCCCAUUUCACCGGAAUCGUCGACCAAUGCGGCUGCACGUCUACCUGCUUCCAAACUAUGUACCACUCAGGAUGAACACGCUGCCCAGCUGCGACAUCUGCAACAUCGAAUUAAAGCUCUCGUAGAAGAACGAAACCAAUUAUACGAGCGAUUGGAAGAAGCGAUCAGUCAAAGAACCCAGCUGGAAGCGCAGUGUGAUCAUGUAUUCAGAUGUUGUGCCUUCACUGACCCAUCUUCGUCGAAAAACCAGCCUGGAGGUAAUAGGUCCAUGGACUCUGCCGACUGCACAUCUACUCUUUCCACGCUGGCAUUGGGCGAUUCGGAAUUGUUUAUCGAACUUGGCACGGCAAGUGUUGCAACGUGCACCGAAUCGAGCACUAUUGCCGAUGACAGUGUGCUUCGCUCGUCUCAUAACUCGUGCACGGUUGGUCCUAUAGAUGACGAACGCAAUGGUGAGGGAACAUUACGCAUGGCUGUUAGCACCCUUGAUCGCCCUUCAAGCAUGGAACCGGAUACCUCGAAUGUAUGGGUUCUGGAAGAUCCAGUAACUUCAACUCAGCAGUAGCGGUGAUUUACGGCUUCUCAAUCAUCAGUAAUUCAUUUCACUAUACUUUUAUUUCGUGUCCACGCAUUUUAUUCUCCUGGACAUGGUAGCAUACUUUCUUUUGAUACUAAAAAUCCCGGAAAACAACCCAUCGAUCUCAUCCUUCCUCAGUGCAAUCAUGUGAUUUGCUUUCAAAGAUUCAGGCAGGUUCGUAUAAACUUUUGGCAUCUCCCGCAUGCAAUUUUAUCCGCUCCUCAUAGCACACUAAUAUACUCACUUUCUUGCCUGCUCUUGCUAUUGUGCUUUCAACAAAAAUCGUGUAUAUUUUUGCUUCUCCCUUUUCAAUCAUAAAGUCAUAUUUCCCUGGAUAGGUAACUUAUUUUCUGGAUUGUUUUCAUUUUUUAAUAAUAAACACCCAUAAACGUCA